AUGGCAUGUGUUUAUAUAUCCAGGAAGAAAUUCUUUGAUCCUUCUAUUAAUGUACUAUGUGAGAAAGCAGGCUUACAAGAAUUAGAUGAUAAAAUGACUUCAGAAGGCACAUUUGGUAAACUGUGUGAAUUGACUGAAUCAGGAGAGUGUUCUAGAUUACAGAGAGCAUUAGAUAUACUAGCGAAACACGGUGAUAAUCUAGCUAUAGUUGAUAGGGGUAUGAUAAAACCUUUAAAUGCAAGUAGUUUAGAAAUAACUGAUGAUGACA